AUUUGUUUUUUGUUUUUAUUAUCUUCAGUUGAAAAACAGCUCCAAAUUUAUUACUCCUGAAACCAAACUUGAUGACAAAACUUCUACAGUGUUAAAUUCUAAUGGCCAACUGGUGUCACAUUCUGGCAUCAUGAGAAGCAAGUGCAUCACCAUUUCUAGUCGGCUGGAGAAUACUGUGAACAUUUUGAUUGAAAAAUAUCCUCUGAAAAAUCUUGUAGCGGCUUCUGAAAGUUUUGCCCGAUCUCUAUGGGCAAGACAAGUACCAAUUGAAAUAAAUGAAAAGAAAAAGAAGUUGAAAGAAAUAUCUGCCAAAGUUUUGGAAAAAAGCAAGAUGCAGAACUUGAAUGAAGAUGUUCUGGAGAAAAAGUUGCAGCAAAAAAUUAUUUAUUUAAUGAAGGAACAAACAUAUAACUGGCAGAGUAUUAAGUAUGAUGCAUAUAAAAGCUUUCUGUAUAUGGUUAGUCGUAUGCCCGCAAAUUACUCAGCAAUUCUUCUGUGUCUCGAUGAGAUUGUAAAGCGAGUUCCAGAUUAUAUACCAAGAAAUGUUUUUGAUUUUGGCUCUGGCACCGGUUCCACUAUUUGGGCCUGCAAUAAGAUAUGGAAUAACAAUAUUUUUGAAUAUUUUGCCCAUGAUGUUUCUGCUGAUAUGAAUAUCCUAUGUCGAUUGUUACUACAAGAUGGUGAAGAACAAAAAGAAAUGCAUGUAUCAGGAGUGUAUUUAAGACAGUUUAUGCCUUCUCAGAGAGAGAAAUUGUACAAUUUAGUAGUCUGCUCCUAUUCCUUAUUUGAGCUGGAAUCAAGGCAAGCUCGACUGAAAGUAAUCCACAAUCUUUGGGAUUUAACAGAAGAUUUCUUGAUAGUUAUUGAAAAUGGAACAAAUUCCGGUUUUCAGUUGAUAUCUGAAGUCAGAGACACCAUCUUAAAGAAAAACUCUGAAACAUCAGAUGAGGCUACAGUAUUCUCUCCUUGCCCUCAUGAUCUGCCUUGCCCAAUGAUUAAAGAAAAUAAAGAAAGUAAAAAAAUCCCUUGUAAUUUUCAAGUUACAUUCAAGCACUUUGAUUUUGUUGUGAAAAACAAGAAAAUCAAUGAAAGAUUUUGCUAUAUAAUUUUACAGAAAGGCAAAAGGAAAGAUGUUUUAGGUACCAACUGGCCUCGAGUUCUACAGACCCCUCGUAAACAUUCAAAACAUAUACAUUUAAAAACUUGUUGUCCAAAUGGAGAAAUUGAACAUUCUUUCCUUACAGUGAAGAAACAUGGAAAGGAAGCUUAUAAAUGUGCAUCUUGUUGUAAAUGGGGUGAUUUGCUUCCAGUGGCAACACGAGAAAAUCCACAGACUGCAUCAGACACCACAAAAUCCAAACAAAAGACAGAACCUGAUACAGAAAUAGAGGAUAAUUUGAGUGAAAAUCACAAAACAGAUCUUAAUCAGGAAACAAAACAAAUUAUCUCUUAGUUUAAAUUAUUUUAAAAUUUGUAAAUUUUUCUAUUAAACCAAAUAAUUCUCAUG